GCUUAGCUCCCCAUCCACUUUGCUCCUGUUAUCCAUCUAAACCGUACCUCUGCCACAUCACCACCAGCAAUAUAUCUAAUAUAAACAGUGGAGAGAGAGAGAGAAAGGAAGAGAGAAAUAUAUCGACAGAGCUAGAUAGGUCUGCCAUACUAGUUACUACUACUACUACUUCAUUUGUAUGGAGAUUCAUAUUGUUACUUCUAAUUUGGGAUACAUAACAUUCUUGUUUCUCUUUAUUCUCUUCUACUGUUACUAUUAUUUCAUCAUCAAAUGUCAAAACUUGACAAAAUCCAAACACAAGCCUUACAAGCUCCCACCAGGAUCAAUGGGAUGGCCUUUUAUAGGACAGACCCUCCAACUCUACUCCCAUGACCCCAACACGUUCUUUUCUACUAAACAGAAAAGAUAUGGCGAGAUAUUCAAAACCCAUAUACUGGGGUGCCCUAGCGUAAUGUUGGCCAGUCCGGAGGCUGCGAAAUUCGUACUGGUGACUCACAGUCACCUGUUUAAGCCAACUUACCCCAAGAGCAAGGAGAAGCUGAUUGGUCCGUCAGCCCUCUUCUUUCACCACGGGGAGUACCACGCUGCGCUCAGGAAACUCGUCCAGGCUGCUCUGUCUUCUCCGUACAAUCUCCAGAAAAGGGUGGCCGACGUCGAAGCCCUCGCCCUCUCCACUCUCGAGUCCUGGGACAGAGGUCAAGAUCAAGUCAUUUACAGCUUCUACGAGUUGAAAAAGUAUUCUUUUGAUGUUGGCAUUUUUUCUAUCUUUGGUCAUUUGGAUGCCAAUUAUAAGGAGCUGCUCAAGGAGAAUUAUUCCAUAGUAAAUAAAGGAUAUAAUUCCUUUCCAAACAGCGUACCGGGAACCGCAUACCAAAAAGCACUCUUGGCGAGGAAAAGGCUUAAGCAGAUUCUGAGUGAGAUAAUCUUGGAAAGGGAGGAGAAGAAGAUGGCGGACAAGGAUCUGUUGGGUCACCUUUUGAAUUUCAAGGGUGGAAAGGGACAAGCUUUAACAAGGGAUCAAAUUUCUGAUAACAUCAUUGGGGUGUUGUUUGCGGCUCAGGACACAACAGCUAGUGUAUUGACUUGGAUCCUUAAGUAUCUCCAUGAUGAUCAAAAGCUUCUUCAAGCUGUAAAGGGAGAGCAAAUGGUAAUAUCUCAAGAAAAUGAUGAAGGGAAGAAGCCCUUGACAUGGAAACAGACAAGGAGCAUGCCACUUACGCAUAAAGUGAUAUUAGAGAGCUUGAGGAUGGCCAGUAUUAUAUCAUUCACGUUUAGGGAGGCAGUGACUGAUGUGGAAUACAACGGGUACAUCAUUCCAAAGGGUUGGAAGGUGAUGCCAUUGUUUCGAAACAUUCAUCACAAUCCCGAGUUCUUCUCGGAUCCUCAAAAGUUUGACCCAUCUAGGUUUGAGGUUCCUCCAAAGGUUAAUACUUUUAUGCCGUUUGGCAAUGGGGUACACUCUUGUCCUGGAAAUGAGCUUGCCAAACUAGAGAUGCUUGUUUUUAUCCACCAUUUAGUCACUAAAUUCAGGUGGGAAGUCGUGGGAUCUCAAAGUGGGAUUCAAUAUGGCCCAUUUCCAGUGCCUCAAAAUGGACUCCCAGCCAGAUUCUGGAAAGAAUCCAACAAUUUCAAACAAGAUUCUUUUCCACCCAACUAAUUAUAUCUUGUUUCCCAAGUGUAUUUUCUAUGUAUCCUAUAACCCAAGCCCACACCCCUCUGUUUUUUUUUUCUUUUUUUUUUAUUAAUGGGAUAUCUCUUUAAUAAUUACUAUUAUUAAUGUUAUUAUCCAGAGUCUGAAGGUGUAUUUUGUGUAUUUUCCACCUUCUUUGCAAUGUAAGGGAAAAAAAGAGGGGGUAAAAUUUUAUGUACCAAUGAGCAAGUAUUGUAAUUUGUAACUCUUUUAUAUGAUAAUAAUAUAUUAAUAGUAAUAAAAUUUAAAGAAUUUUUCUUAAACUCAAUUGAAUCUAG